CUGUCAAUGACGCACGCUAGAAGUUUUUCUGUGUAUCAACGUAAAUAACUGCGAUUUUAAUUAAAUUUUGGCUGAAAAGCUGGUUAUUUACUUCUAAUAAGAAGUGUGUAGUUGAUACAAAAUGUCGGAAAGAAAAGUUUUAAACAAAUACUAUCCCCCGGACUUCGAUCCUUCCAAAAUCCCGCGCAUGAAAUUGGCGAAAAACCGCCAAUACACCGUGCGUUUGAUGGCCCCGUUCAACAUGCGCUGCGCGACGUGUGGCGAGUACAUCUACAAAGGAAAGAAGUUCAACGCCCGUAAAGAGGAUGUAGAGAAUGAGGACUAUCUUGGGAUAAGAAUUUACAGGUUUUAUAUAAAGUGCACACGGUGCCUUCAAGAGAUAUCAUUCAAGACAGAUCCAAAGAACACGGACUACGAGAUAGAAGCGGGGGCCACGAGGAACUUCAUGGCUCUGAAACUGGCGGAGGAGCAGGCCAAGCGGGAAGAGGAGGAACAAAAGGAGGAGGAAGCCAACAAUCCUAUGAAGUUAUUAGAGUAUAGAACCGAACAAUCAAGACAAGAAAUUGAACUGUUGGAGAGUCUUGAAGAGCUGAAAGAGCUCAACCGUCGGCAGAGAACCGUGGACUAUGAAGGCAUGCUCAAGCAAUACCAGCCUGAAACUGUGGAAGAGAGGAAAGCAAGAGAAGAAAAAGAAGACAAUGAAUUUAUUAAGUCCAUUAAAUUUGGGAGUUCAUCAAAUAAAGUGGUUGCUGAGGAAAUAAUAGAAGAAGUGCAAGAAGACAAUGGCCCUCCAGCAAAAACGUCUAGGAUUGAGGUCAUUGCACCUGUAGUCGCGAAAAUUAAAGGAACAGAGUCAAAGAAAAACGAAUCAUGGAACCGGAGUAUAGGCGUGUUAUCCAAGAAACCAGCGUUAGGUAAUCUUGUGAGGAAAAAGCCUGAAGCAGCUGCAAGUAAACCUCAAGAAGAAAAUACUGUGAGUACAAUACCAGCUAAAACUGAUGACACUAAAAGUUCAGAUAAGGCAGCCGGAUCAGGCCUUUCAUUGUUAGCCAAUUAUUCAGGCAGUGACAGUGAUUCUCAGUAGAUAAUAAAAUAUGUACAAACCCAACAAAUAGUUUGAUAAUGUGUAUUAAAUCGUUAU